AUGUCAGAUUACAUUUUUAAGGAAAUAGAUAAGGAAAAAGCAAAGGCAUUCAACGAGGAGAUUAAACCAUUACUUAAUGAAUAUCCUUUUAUUGCCUUGGAUGAAUGUUCCUUUUACCCUAACCAAGACCCUCGAUUUGGGUAUUCCUUAAAAGGAGAUAGAGCGAUUGCUCGAAAACCCGGUCAUAAAGGAGAGCAUUACACCUUACUUUUUGCUAUUAGUAAUCUGAAAGAAAUUAAUCCUAUUGGAGACAAAAGGAAUUAUCUGAUAAUGGAUAAUGCUAAAAUACAUACUGCUCCUGAUAAGAGAGAGGAGGCAGGAGUGCCAAGUGUAGAGGAACAAAUGCUAAAAAAGAAUAUCGAAGUAAGGUUUAUUACUAAAUAUGCUCCUAUGAUAAAUCCUGCCGAAUUGGUUUUUAAUACACUUAGACAACAAACCGAAAAACAAAGGCAUAGAAGUUAUGAGGAAAUGGAAAAAUCAAUAGAAAAAGUUAUUAAGGAAGAGUGUAAAGAGUUUCGGGCUGAUAGUCUUAAUGCUAUGGAUAAGGAAACUGCUGAGAUGGAUAAGGAUAAUUAUUUAAAAAAAUAUUUCGUGCGUAAUAACGAAUUGGGUGAUGACAAUGAAACUAAUAACUUCAUUAUUGACCAGUAUCGUGAAAACGACAUUCCUGUUAAUGAGGCAGUAAGAGCCUAUAACCUUGAAAAACUUGAUGAAUCAGAAAAAGAUGACAUUAGGGAUGCUACCACGGAAGAAAAAGUUAAGAACUUACAAAAAGAAAUUCGGCAAACUCGCUUCCGAAAAGUAGUGCGGAAAGAAGCAACUAACCAGGCAGAAACCGAUUUUGGUUCAGAAGCAUCACCUGCACCAGGAAGUGAUUUUAUUAUAGACCAAUUUAAUAAGGACAAUAUUACUCCAGCAGAAGCAGAAAUUGAGCAGGAGCGGACUUUUAUUUUUGAUUUCCGUCAAGUUGCUGGUGCUGCGGCUACGGCGACCGAUUCUGACAUUUUAACUUAUUGUAGGAAAAAUCUAACGGGUUCUCAGGCCGCGGCCCUUUAUAAUGGUAAUCCCCAGGUGCUUGGCUCCGAAUUAAGAAAAGGAACUGGUAAUGAUCAGGUAGAGUUUGAUGGUAAGUAUUAUCAAGUUACUGAUACGGUGGGCAUUAUUGCGGCCAAAAAGGCUAAAAUUGACGAUGCUAAUAAUAAGGUAAAAUUAACCAAUGCUAAAACGGCAGCAGAAACAGCCAUUAAAGGUGCUCAAAAAGAAUCCGGUAAACCAGAAAUAACUGAUACAGAAUUGAAUAAACAUUUAAAAGAGGUGGAUCAGGUUUUAGAGGCUAUUGCUACUCUAAGGAAAGCCAAAGAAAAACCUUCUUUUGAUGCGACCAAAGCCCGUACAGAAGCUAUUACUAAGAAAAAGGAAUUAACCGACAAAAUUGACGCGGAAAAGGCUAAAGAACCAACCAAAGAGCCACCAAAGAAAGAAGAACCAACUAAUAAUGAAAUAAAAGAAGCAAUUAAUAAUGCUCUUGGGAUUGAGAUUCAAAGUUUUCUGAAAGAAAACCUUAAAGAUAAGGAAGAAGAGUUUGUUAAAUUGCUGGAUGAAUUACCGGGUACUGAUAAACCUACUGGUAGUGACGAAAAAGAGAAAAUAAAAAACUUCCUGGCUAGUCAAAAGGCAGAAGUAGUAAUUAAAGUUGUAUUUCGCCAAAAAUUAAAAGACGAAGACUUUCAAACCCAAAUUGAGGACGAAAUGAAAAAUAAAAAAAAUGGCGAUGAGAAACCAUUAGACGAAACUUUUUAUCCAAAAGAAAACGGGAAAUUUACCCAGGAAGCCAUGAUUAGAUAUCUUUAUGAGAAAAAAACUGGUCAGAGUCAUCAAUUUGCUGCGAAAAAUGAGGAAAGAGGAGGGUCAGACACGUCAACUAGCGGAAAAAGCCAUUGA